GAGAGAGAAAGACGGAGAGAGAGAGAGAGAGGGCGAGCGAGCCGCAAGCUUCCCCGUCCCUGAGACCACUGGGCUAGCCCACGGAAGUCUCCACAGCAUGUGGGAACUCCGGUCCAUAGCCUUCUCAAGGGCGGUGUUUGCAGAGUUCCUGGCCACUCUCAUAUUCGUCUUCUUUGGCCUCGGCUCAGCCCUCAACUGGCCACGGGCCUUGCCCUCUGUACUGCAGAUUGCCAUGGCCUUUGGCCUGGCUAUCGGCAGCCUGGUGCAGGCUCUGGGUCACGUCAGCGGGGCCCACAUCAACCCUGCCGUGACUGUGGCCUGCCUGGUGGGCUGCCAUGUCUCCUUUCUCCGAGCUGCCUUCUAUGUGGCUGCCCAGCUGCUGGGGGCCGUGGCCGGGGCCGCUCUGCUCCAUGAGAUCACACCGCCAGACAUCCGAGGGGACCUGGCAGUCAAUGCUCUCAGCAACAACGCGACAGCUGGCCAGGCCGUUACUGUGGAGCUUUUCCUGACCCUGCAGCUGGUGCUCUGCAUCUUCGCCUCCACGGAUGAGCGCCGUGGAGACAACCUGGGUAGCCCUGCCCUCUCCAUCGGUUUCUCUGUGGUCCUGGGCCACCUCCUCGGGAUCCAUUACACUGGCUGCUCCAUGAAUCCUGCCCGCUCUCUGGCUCCAGCUGUGGUCACCGGAAAGUUUGACAACCACUGGGUCUUCUGGAUCGGACCCUUGGUCGGCGCCAUCCUGGCCUCCCUCCUCUACAACUACAUCCUGUUCCCGCCCGCCAAGAGCCUGUCGGAGCGCCUGGCCGUGCUGAAGGGGCUGGAGCCCGACACUGACUGGGAGGAGCGCGAGGUGCGGCGGCGGCAGUCGGUGGAGCUGCACUCGCCGCAGAGCCUGCCUCGGGGCAGCAAGGCCUGAGCGCCUGGGCCGGGCUCGGCGGAGCUCGGGGAAGCGCCCGCCACCCCCGCCGGAGCCCCUCUCCCCAGGUGCAAAGCCGGCCCCCAGUGCAGAGUAGCUGCUUCCAGGACGUGCCGAGGCCCGGGCGGGGCUAGCGGUGAGCGUGGCAGAUCCCUUGCCUUGAGGCUGCGGGGCAGCGAGUAGUCGACCCCGUGACGCCUUGCAGGGAGCUGGGGACUUGGGCACCGAGCUGGGGAGGAAGGGCAGAGGAAGGUUCUGGAGAGCCUGCGCAGUGUACUGGGUGGGCUGCGGGGGACGGGGUCUGGGAAUGGGGCAUCAGGUUUUGCGCGUUCCUCCCCCAGUGCCUCUCUGUCCCCAGGUGCAGGGUUGUGCAUGCUCCUGAGUGUAAGCAGGUGUGCCUGUGGUGAUGCAAGUGUGCAAUGGCUGGCCACCUCUUACUCCCCUCUUGACCCCUCCCCGACCCACCUGCAAUAAAUCCACUUCCUCUGCA